UCAUUCGGACGUCACGCAGCGAAGAGGAACAGAUCUCAGUCUGUCUCUCUCAGUCUGUCUCUCUCCGCCCUCUGUCUGCCUGCCCAACAGGAAGACUCUCCGGUUACUUCUUUCACCAGUGAAUAUGCAUAGUCUACUACUGAUUGUCUGUGGCUGAAACGCAGAGAAAUUAGAGAAGAGGGACGGAGGAUAUGAAAAGUUAUUUACCCUGACGUCAAGCUGUAAACAAAAUGGCGAGUCAGGGGCGGAUAAACUAGCUUUAGGUAGCAUAUACUUAGCGACAGUGUGCACAAACUAAACUGUAUUCGCGACGUUUCAAGACUGAGGAGAACAGCGGUAACAAAUCAACUCGAGUUGCCUGAAAUUAGUGGAGUUAACUUUUUUUGGGGGGGAAAUGAUUGCGCAUGGAGGAACAAUGUAGCCUAUCCACUGGAAAGUAAUGAAGAGUUGUGGUUACAAACGUUGCUUUUCAUUCGGACUGCACUGCAACUUCUGCCGUCGCCCUGGACAUUACAAAUAAAGAAGCUUUUACCAGCGACCUACUGUAGCUACUCAGUGGAUAUUUCCCCAGAACUGUAACAUGACAGUCUACCGAUACUAAUAGAUAAUCUACGGAUAAAUGGCUUGUUGGAUACAUUUUAAGGAUGUUAUCCAUGGAGGUGGGGAUACACUCUUACCUUCAGAUACCGCUACUCAUCUAAUGCCGUUAGCAGAUGAGUGAUAACCAUUUAUGGAAACUGCUCGGUGUAAAACAGCUAUAUCAAGUGAGCACUACUCGGGAGGAUAUAUUUAGUUUAUACCAUACUUAAACUCUCAUUUUUUUAAAUUCAAUCAUGGCCGUUAGGUCUAGAAGACCGUGGAUGGGCGUAAUUGUAGGGGUCUUUCUUGGAUUUACAGCGGCGUCUUGGCUAAUUGUCCCCAGGGUAGUGGAAAUCAGUGGGAAAAGAAAGAAGUCGAUCUGCUCAUACUACAGUAAUGCCGCUGGCAUCGGUAAAGUGGCCGAAAUCAUUGGAAGCACCGCAAGUAAUCCGUUACGCAAAGACCCGGAGAAUAACCUGUCCAGCCAAGAGGGCAGUGAAGAGGAGGACGAGAACGUUUACAAGACUGGUAACGGUAGUGGAGAUGGCGGAGGACCUAUUUCCAAACCUAGACAUUUUCUCUAUGUCGGCGUCAUGACAGCCAAAAAGUACCUUGAUUCCCGCGCCGUGGCUGCACACAGGACGUGGACCAGUUCCAUUCCCGGGAAGGUUGAGUUCUUCUCCAGCCAGGGCUCUGAAACAGUCCCACUGCCCAUUCCUGUCCCCGUGGUGUCGUUGACAGGUGUAGAUGAUUCAUACCCGCCACAGAAGAAGUCAUUUAUGAUGUUGAAGUACAUGCACGACCAUUACCUGGAUAAAUACGAGUGGUUCAUGAGGGCAGAUGAUGAUGUCUACAUUAGAGGCGAAAAGCUCGAGUCAUUCCUGCGCUCUCUGAAUAGCAGCCAGCCCCUGUACCUUGGUCAGACGGGCCUGGGCACAGCCGAGGAGCUGGGAAAGCUGGCCCUGGAGCCAGGGGAGAACUUCUGCAUGGGGGGCCCGGGCAUGAUCUUCAGCAGAGAGGUGCUGAGGAGGAUGGUGCCCCACAUCGGAACCUGUCUCAGGGAGAUGUACACCACCCACGAGGAUGUGGAGGUGGGCCGCUGCGUGCGCCGCUUCGGGGGUACCCAGUGCGUCUGGUCCUAUGAGAUGCAGCAGCUCUUCUACGAGAAUUACGAGCACAACAAGAAGGGCUUCAUCCAGGAGCUCCACAGCAGCAAGAUCCACAAUGCCAUCACACUCCAUCCCAACAAGAGGCCUGCCUACCAGUACCGGCUACACGGCUACAUGCUAAGCCGCGACAUCUCCCGGCUACGCUACCGCACCAUCCUCCUGCACCGCGAGGGCCUGGCCAUGAGCCGGCUCAGCAAUACAGAGGUGCAGUGGGAGGAUCAACAGCUGGGAGCACCACCUUCCUACACGCGCUACCAGCCCGCUGAAAGAGGGGACGUCAUCGAGUGGGACUUCCUCACUGGCCGACAUCUAUACUCAACGGGGGAGAACCAGAUGCCCCGGCAGGGCCUCGGGAGCCUACUUCGGGCUGCCCUGGAAGACACGGUGCUUCAGGUAAUGGAGAUGAUCAAUGAGAACUCCAAAGCCCGUGGGCGUGUUAUCGACUUCAAGGAGAUCAAGUAUGGCUACCGCAGAGUGGACCCCAUGCACGGGGCUGAGUACAUUCUGGACCUACUACUUCUGUACAAGAAACACAAAGGGCGCAAAGUGACAGUACCUGUUAGGAGGCAUGCGUACCUGCAGCAGUCCUUCAGUAGGCCUUUCUUCAGUGAGUCUGAGGAAUUGGAUGUUGUUAAGCUGGUGGAGGCCAUCAACACUGAGUCGCAGUCGUUCUCUUUCCUCUCCAACUCCCUCAAGAUAUUCUCGCCUUUCCAGUUCUCUGAGUCGACCAGGGAGAUGCGCGAACGCAGCCAGAGAAAGGUCAACAUCCUGGUCCCGCUGACAGGCAGGUACGACAUCUUUCUCCGCUUCAUGGAGAACUUUGAGAAGAUCUGCCUGAUCCCCAAACAGAACGUCAAGCUGGCCAUUAUAUUGGUGGACAACGACAGCAACCAGGACAGGGAGAAGCACUUGGACUUGAUCAAGGAGUACAGCAACAAGUAUCCCAAAGCAGACCUGUCUGUCAUCCCCAUGACGGGUGACUUCUCCCGGGGGCUGGCUCUGGAGCUGGGCUCCUCGCAACUUGACAAUGACACACUGCUGUUCUUCUGUGACGUGGACCUAGUCUUUAACGGGGACGCCCUGCAGCGGUGCAGGCACAACACCAUCCAAAGGAGACAGGCUUACUAUCCCGUUGUCUUUAGUCAGUAUGAUCCUAAAAUUGUCUACGCCGGCAACACCCCUGACGAUAGCAGCUUUGUGUUCACCAAGAAAAGUGGCUUCUGGAGGGAUUACGGCUUUGGAAUCACCUGCAUAUUUAAAAGUGACUUGCAAAAAGCCGGCGGUUUUGAUACGUCGAUCCAAGGCUGGGGGUUGGAAGAUGUAGACCUGUUCACAAAAGUGAUUAACUCCGGUUUAAAUGUGUUCCGCAGCCAGGAACCAGGAAUCGUCCACAUUUAUCACCCUGUUCAGUGCGACACGAGCCUUGAGCCCAAGCAGUACAAAAUGUGCCUAGGGUCUAAGGCAAGUACUUAUGCAUCUUCCAUGCAGUUAGCCGAGCUGUGGCUGGAGAAACACUUAGGGGUAGGCUACAACAGAACUUCCACCUGACAUUCCUGCUCUCCGUGGCUCCUCAAUGGAGGAUACCUCAGUUCUGCAUGAGUGCAGACAGCAAUGGACUGUGCGUACUUCUAUGUGAGAGAGAAAAAGAGAACAAACUGCAGAGAGAGAGAGAGAGAGUUCAAGGGUACGCUCAAUUAUCUUUGGUGCAAUUUGUUGUGUUCCUCUGGUGAUUUGUUUCGUCAAUUCUCUACAGCGUCUUCCAAAGGACAUUGUAAUGCCUUUACUCACGGCUUGUUGGGAACUCUGAUGUGGUUUGUUUUGUUCCUAUUUCCGUUGUUAUCAUGCGAUUCACAUGUAUGCCUCAGGACCACAUCUUUUCAUCACCUGGCCAUCUCCAAUGAAUGUGUUCUUUCUUAGCAGCCUUCCGUUGGGUUAGUUACACAGAGCGCCCCUCGCCUACUGUGAAAAGGACACUGACAACAUCACCAGAGAACAAAAAGCAGUAAUAAUGUUGAUGAUAAUAAUACUGAAACAAUGACAAUAAUGCUAAUAAUAAAUGUACUGAAAGUACCACAAAUGUGCUUUAAAGCUCCCAGAUGGGAAACAGACUGUAAACUAGAGUUUUCUAAUUCAUACAAAGAACCGAAAGUACUUCAUCCGCAGUAUUUUUUAAAGAAGCGUGUGAAUAAUUUUGAUGAUUGUAUCUUUAUUUUCUAGUCAAAAUAUUUACAUGGAUUUCAGGUACUGGAUACCGUCCAACAUUCGCUGUGUUCUUAAUCUCAUUGCAAAGGCCCACAUUCUGUCAUUCUGUCUGAUAUGUGACCAUGCUUCAAUGAACAAAAAGGCAUCUUGUCGCCAUUACUUUAGCUUUGUGGCUUAGAAGUCGUUCAGUUUGCUGGCAAGAACAACUAAGGUAUAUUAAAAUGGGUUAUUUAUAAUAAAACAAAUGUUGAAAUGCA